UUCAAUUGUUUUUUGGUCAUCAGCUUCAAUUAUUGCUUGGUUUCCAUACACAUAAGAGACUUCAUAAGUUCAUAAGAUAUACAUAUAGAGCUAGGUGCUCGAUAUCGAUCUGUAUGCUAUUGGGUAACAAUCGCGCUAUGGCAAGAGGUGGGGUUGCAAAAUUAAAGAGAGUUCUUCUAAGUUCAUGCCGGGAAACUAAGCUACCUAAAAGCUACUUCAGCAAAAAGCUAAGUGGAACUGCUGAAGAAUCAAGCAGAAAGGACUCAAAGGAGGACAGUCGUGAGAGGCCAGAAAUGGAGAGUUCGUGUUCAUGGAGCAGCAGCUGGGUUCCUGAUCCACGCACCGGAAUUUAUUUUCCGCAAGGGCAUGAAUGGGUGAUGGAUGAUGUCCCUAAAGGAGCAGCCUCUCUAAAUAACCAGACUUUCUGGCUGAGGAACGUGGAUGGUGUCCUUGAGAAACCCGACCCGGAUACUGCCCCUGAUCAUUACUACCAAAUGCAUAUGUGAAAGGAAACGGUGCUUUCAAUCUAUACAUGGGUAACUUCAGAAGGGUACUAUCUAGCUAGCUAAGAAUAAUUUGGGGGAGUUGGCUACUCUAAAAGCCAUCCUUGAAUAAGCUAUAUACAGUAUUUAUAGCAGUGUAAUAAGCAUUGCAUUUAAUUGUUUGCUGCAAUUUAGUAUUAGUAUUCAUAUA